AUGCCGUCUGCCGUCCUGGGCUUCACGCCCAAUCUCGACAAAUACCUCAAGUCGAUCAAGGGACAGCCCGUAGAUCAGUCAGUCGACAGUCUAGUCUCCCUGCUGAAGCGGCACCAGGUCUCCGGUGCCGAAGAGUGCGCCGUAGCCACCGCCCACUGCCUCCUCCAGCUCAUCACCCGCUCCAAGUGGCACGACGUGGCCACCCUCAUCUCCCAGGUGACCCGCGUGGGGGGGAGGCUCUCCCGCGCCCGUCCGGACGAGCUCGUCGUCGCCAACAUCGUGCGACGGGUCCUCGGCCUGAUCCGGGACGAGGCCGCCGAGGACAGGAGCGAAGAGCUGUGCGGCGCCGCCGUCGGCCGCGAAAACGCCGCCGCCGCCGCCGCCGACGACGACAACGGCAGCAGCGGCAACACCCCGACCACGGCCGACGAUCAUGCCCGCCAGAUGCGCGCUCUGCGGUCGGAAAUCAUCGACGGGAUAGAGGAGAUAUUCGACGAGAUCAGUCAGGUGGACGAUCAGGUCGGCGCCUCGGCAGAGGUGCACAUCCGCCCGGGCGACUACGUCGUCCUCCACCAACCGUCCACCACGGUCCAGCGCUUCGUCCUCCGCGCAGCCGCCCGUCGCAAGUUCUCCGUCAUGAUCGACACACCCGUCCCCACUCGUCAGGCCGGCGGCGGUGACCCGCGAGGCGGCAGCACCGGCACCGGCACCACGACGGACCGGUACGCCUCGUUCAGGAGGAAGCUGGCCGCCUCGGGCAUCACCCUCAUCAACAUUGCCGGCGCCGGCGCGAUGUGCUACAUGCCCCGCGUCGACAAGGUCAUCCUGGGCGCCAGCGCCAUCACCGCGACCGGCGGCAUCGUCACCGACAGCGGCGCCUCGGUGCUCGCGCGCGCCGCCAAGGUCUGCGGCGCCACCGUCCUCGUCCUGGCAGGCAUCUACAAGCUCAGUCCUAUCGAUCCCUCCACCGAGGACGACGUCAUCGAGUGGGCCAACCCUUCCACCUAUGUUGACUUUGCCGACGCAGACCUCGUUCACGGUGUCACCGUCAGGGCUGCCGUCAAGGAGCUCGUCUCCCAUACCUCUAUCGACAGCUACAUCACGAAUCUUGGCACACACUCACGUGAACACCUCAGUGGUCUGAUUGCCGAUCAUUACAAGCCCCAAGACACCAAUAUCCAUCUGAGCGCUGCAUCUUGA